UGCCCAUGGUAUAUGAAUAAUUCCCAAAUCCAGUGACAGAGUUCUAUAAAAACCUAUACCUUAACUCACAUUUUCUCAAACCAAAAGCAAAACACAAUAUCACAACAAUCACUGAACUAUGAAAUUCAGAGCACUAAAAACCUUUACAUUAUCCCUCUUCAUGCUAUCUUUUCUAGUUGCAAAUGUCUCCGGCGGGUUCACUGAUUUGGCACCAGCAAUUGGAUCACUAUUCAAAAGCAAAAUCCCCUCCUCUCUUACUCACAUAAUUGCAAGCAAAUCAAUGUUCGACAAUGCUCUAAAAUUUAAAGACAAAGUCGGCAAAGUAAACGAUGUGAAUGACUACUUAAAGAAAUACGGAUACUUAGACUCUUCCGACUCCAAUUCAGAUUCCAUUGAUGAAUCUUCAUUGAUCAAAUUUCAGAAAUUUUUUAACCUCACUGCUACAGGUCAGUUUGAUCGAAGUACAUAUAACAUCCUCACAAAUCCUCGUUGCGCUGUUGCUGAUAUCGUCAAUGAAACCACGGCGUUUAAACCAUGGUGGACCGGGAAAGAAUUAAAAUACGGUUUUCACCCGAAGAAUCAGGUUACAGACAAUGUUAAGUCUUUGUUUCAAGACGCGUUUGACCGUUGGUCGAAUGUAACAGGUUUGAACUUCACAGAGACGUUGAAGUUUAAUGAGUCGGAUAUUCCUAUAGCGUUUUUGAAGUUUGAUGGAGAAGGUGGAAUGGUUGGAGGAGCUUAUAUAAGCAACAGUCAUCAUCUUGGGAUUAUGUUUUUUGAUUUUAAAGAAAAAUGGGUGUUGUCGAGUAAGGGUGUUGCUAUUAAGGAGGGUGAUGUGGAUUUGGAAUCAUUUGUGAUGCAUCAAAUUGGUCAUAUAUUAGGGUUGGAACAUUCUUCUGUGGAAGAGGCUGUUAUGUAUCCGAUUGUGCUGCCAAAACAGAAGGUUGAGUUGGUGAAUGAUGAUGAUUUGAAGAAGAUUCAGCAAAUAUAUGGUGUCAAAAAUGUUAAGAAUGAUGCACCAGAUUCAACUGUCAAAAAUGAUGCAUCAGAUUCAAGUUGGCCAGUGGUCUUUUGGUCAUUAUGCUUCUUUGGAUUUGUUGUAUGUUACUUGGGGUUACUGUGAAAAAUAAUAGUCAAUAAAUGUUGGCUAUUGUAAUAAGAUUGUAAUAUCAUGUGUUUUUCAAUUUGUGGAUGUGAGUGUUUGAAUUAGUGAUGGUUUUUCUUAAAUCAAUGUAAUGUUGUUAUUUUGUUUAAAA